CACACAUACACACACACACACAUAUAUAUAUAUAUAUAUAUAAGAACGAUUAUUGAACAUAUAGACGCUUGGCAUUAAUUUUUAAUUUUAUUUUAUUUUUGGUUUCUAUCUUUACCUUUCUCUCUCUAUAUAUAUAUCUAUAUAUAAAUAUAUUUGAUUCAAUUCAAUUCACUUCAAUUCAAUUUAUUUUACUUUACUUUACUUUAUUCUUUCUUUUCUUUCUUUUCUUCUUCUUCUUCUUUUUUGCUUUUGACUAUUAUAUAUUCAUUACCUAAUGAAAUGGAGUAUAAAACUUCAUCCUCUUGCUAUUGUUGCAUCUGGAGCAAUGACAGGAAUUGUACUUAUUGCAGCCGCAGCAUACCUGUUUGACAACCAUUCCAGUAGAAGCUCUCUAGACUCAUCCCGAGGUGGCCGGCUGAGAAGGUCUCGGAAUGUCCGCCGCCGUCGAUUGCGAGUUGGGAAUUCACGAAUGACAGAAGAUCAGGAUGAUGGUUCUCCUGUUCUGCUGGGUAUGUCAGACACCGAUGACGAUGACGAUGGAGACGGACCGACUUCACUAUUCAAAGAGUGGAACGAAGACGAUAAUAAAAACCUAUUGAAUUUACUUCAUGCGAUUUCAGAUAAUCAGUCGCGUAAAGAGGGAUUUAUCCAUCGUGGAAUUACUUGCAACAAAUGCAGUGUAACUCCUGUCCGGGGGGUACGUUACAAGUGUGCAAACUGUAUCGAUUUCGAUCUGUGCGAGAUGUGCGAGGGAACCAACAGCCAUGUCAAUACACAUGUUUUCCUGAAGAUCCGUAUACCAAUACCCCCACUUUCAAACCCUCGCAAUGCGCUCUUGCCCGCAUUCUAUCCAGGAAACAACAUAAACAGACCUCCACUAACUCACGAAAGAAUUCGAGAACUCCAAGACAAAUCUCAUUUCGACAAGGUGGAACUAGAAGCUCUUUAUGAACAAUUCAAAUCAUUGGCAACAGUAGAAAAGACAGAACCUGGAAUUGACAGAGAAACCUUUGAACAGUGCCUUGGUCCUCUUGGAUUAGAAAAGAAUCUUAUCACAGAACGUAUAUUUGCCUUUUUUGAUCAAGACAGGGAUGGAAUGAUUAAUUUUGGAGAGAUGGUGAGUGGCUUCAGUGUACUCUGCAAAGGCAAUCUGGAUGAAAAGAUCGAAU